UUCUAUGCAGAAGCCGUCGCGAGGAAGAGCGUAGAAGAGACGAAGAGACGCAGAGAGAGAGAGCGAGCGAGACGAAGCCGAACGGAGGCCUAUCUGAGACCGGCGGCGGUUGAUCGCUUUGCGAGAGAGUGAUUAUGGCGUUGAGCAAUAGCUUGAGAUCCGCAUCGAAGCAGCUUCUAGCUUCUUCUUCUUCUGCUUCUGCAGCCUCGCUUCUCCCCAAGUCAGUCAGCAGAGAAAUCCACUCAACUGGGGUGAAAAGGAUGGGAGGUGGGCAUGCACAUGGCCAUGACGAGCCUUUCUACCUUCAUGCAAAGCAUAUGUACAACUUGGACAGGAUGAAACAUCAAGCGCUGAAGAUGUCUCUUGCUGUUAUUACUGCCUUCAGCAUUGGCGUCGGUGUGCCCGUCUAUGCUGUCAUUUUUCAGCAGAAAAAGACUGCUUCCGGUUAAUUCUUAGCAGAGCCUCAUCGCAGCAAUAAUGACUUCUUUGCCCAAUGCCCAAGACAGUAGGCCUUUGCCUGCUGGUAUGGUUUUAGUCGUUUUCCUUCUGAAUGUUGUGUCUUUUUGUUGCUAUAAGCUUUGAUCAUCUCGUCAGUUGGAAGACCUUGAAUAAGUUCUUUGAUUUUCCCAUGGUACUGAUAUUUCAGUACAUACUCUUCCUGAGUAA